UUUUAACUCCCCCUCCCGCCCUUCCUAUCAUCCCGAUCCUUCCCUCGAAGUGAACUGACCAUUCUCUCUGGAGUCCUAUAGAGACAUUGCACUAUCCGUUUCGUUCUUUCUCCCGCUUGAUCAAAUUCACUUCCAUAUCUUUAAAUAACCAGACCGAAUCUCAACCCAAAGAUGGAAGUCGAUCACGACUUGGUCGUCAUAGACGAGUUCGAUGCGCUAAGCAUUGAGGUUAAGCCCCUUCGCCAGUCGACGACGGAGGAGACUCCCCGGCCGUGCAGUCAAACGUCGUCGCUGAACCAGGAGUUCGCCAAGUUUCCAGCAAAAACACACGCGCGAAAGGUAGCCAAGGAGUUGGGGGUCACGGAUGGCAUGAUCUAUCUCGCUGGCCAGAAGGAGCAGCUCUACGAGGACUCGGACAUUGGCCCCGCCUUUCGCCAGCGCAGACACUUUUACUACAUAACGGGCGCCGACUUUCCCGGGUGUGCCGUCACCUAUGACAUCGGCCGGGACUAUCUCAUCCUAUGGAUUCCCUGGACAGAUCCACGGACCGUGCUGUGGUACGGCAGAACACCCACCCGCGAGCAGUGCCUGGCCAGCUCGGACGUUGACGACGUGCGGUAUAUCUCCGCCCUCAAAGAGACCCUGUGUGCGUCCCUCUCUCCCGAGAGCACACUCUAUGUGCUGCGCGAAGACCAGGCCCUGCCGCUCGGACACUGCAGGAAAACGGUGCACCUCAGCCCGACCAAGCUCGCACCUGCCAUAGAGAGGGCCCGAGUUAUUAAGACCGACUAUGAAAUUGCUAUGAUCCGGCGGGCCAACGCUGUCUCAAGUGCUGCCCACAAGCUGGUGCUUCGUCGACUGAAGCAUAUCAACAACGAAUGCGGUAUCGAGUCCGUGUUUCUUGGCUGCUGCAUCUUCCAGGGCGCCAAAAGCCAAGCCUACCCCGUCAUCGCCGCGUCGGGCAUCAACGGCAGCACGCUGCACUACAAGGACAACAACCAGCCGCUGAAGGGCCGCCAGCUCGUGGUUCUAGACGCCGCGGCGGAGUGGAAGUGCUACGCCAGCGACAUCACGCGCACCUUCCCCAUCUCGGGCACCUUCUCGCCCGAAGCGGCUGCCAUCUACAAGAUUGUCGAGGCGAUGCAGUCCGAGUGCAUCCGCGGGGUGCGCCCGGGGGUCAAGUUCUACAAGCUUCAUCUGACUGCCUGCGCCAUUGCCGUCGACAGACUCAUCAACCUCGGCAUCCUCCACGGUGGAAGCGCGGACGAGAUCAUGAGAAGAGGCACCGUCGCGGCCUUCUUCCCGCACGGUCUGGGCCAUCACGUCGGCCUGGAGGUGCAUGAUGUCUCCGGCCGGGACCGGCUGCUCUUUUCGGCGCCCCUGGUGUCUGAGAACACCUUUAAGAAUGGCGGAAAGCUCUCGCCCAAGCGGGGUUGGGUAUCAGCCGAUAUGCUGGCUCUGCUGUACCACGGUGACACGGAAAAGUCGGCAUAUGAGCAAACAGGUAGGCAGAGUCUGGAGCCUAAUAUGGUGGUUACAAUCGAGCCGGGCAUCUACUUCUGCCGCGAAUACAUCCAGGGUAGAUUCCUCAACGACCCGACCCACGCCAAGUACAUCAACACCAGCGUCCUGGAGAGGUAUUGGGAUGUCGGAGGUGUCCGCAUCGAGGAUGACAUCCUGGUCACCAAGGAUGGGUACGAGAACCUGACGUCGGCGCCCAAGGGCGAGGAGAUGCUCAGGAUCAUCCGCGAGGCCCGCGGGUAAACGAAAAGUACAGCUUAGUGUUCUUAGUGUGUAUCGUUCUGCGAUGUUUUUUUACGGACAAAAGGGGUUGUGGGUUUGGAUAUAGGGGAGGUGGGGGCGUGUCUCAGAGUUGGUAUGAUUUGGUUUUAGUACAAUGCAAUUGUAGUGUAACUCGGGGAAGUUGAACAAAGGCACCCAUGU